CGGAAAUGUGUCGUCCUCUUCAAGUGAUCAAACAUGGCGGUGAGUGCAGGUUUUACGCAUAAGGAGGAACAGGGCGAGAAAAAGGAGAACCCCAUGCGUGAGCUUCGCAUUCGCAAGCUCUGUAUGAACAUCUGUGUAGGGGAGAGUGGUGACAGACUGACCCGUGCUGCUAAGGUGCUUGAGCAGCUCACAGGCCAGACCCCUGUCUUCUCCAAGGCCCGCUACACUGUGCGAUCGUUCGGCAUCCGCAGAAAUGAAAAGAUUGCUGUCCACUGUACCGUCCGUGGAGCUAAGGCUGAGGAGAUCCUGGAAAAGGGACUCAAGGUGCGUGAGUACGAGUUGCGGAAGAACAAUUUCUCCGACACCGGUAACUUUGGCUUUGGCAUCCAGGAACACAUUGAUCUGGGAAUAAAGUACGACCCCAGUAUCGGUAUCUACGGACUGGACUUCUACGUUGUCCUGGGCAGACCCGGUUUCAGCAUUGCUGACAAGAAGCAGAAAACAGGUCGCAUUGGUUUCAGGCACCGCAUCCGCAAAGAGGAAGCCAUGCGCUGGUUCCAGCAGAAGUAUGACGGUAUCAUCCUCCCCGGGAAGUAAAGGACCAUCAUUGACCUUGUUUAUAACUAUAAUAAAAUGGAAAAAUACCA